AUGGACGGGAUCCUGGACCUAAUUACCUUUGUAGAACACGAGCGCGCCGAGGGUCGGAUUACGGUCGCAGUGUUCCUCGAUAUCCGAAGAGCGUAUGACACGGUAAGCCACAGCCAUGUUGUCCAUGAACUGUAUGCUCGCGGGAUCAAGGGUCGGACCCUACGUUGGGUUGCGGAUUUUCUUCGAGGGCGAUCUGUAUACAUGAAGACAGAAGAUGGAGACAGCGACAGAUACGACCUCCCGAGCGGAGUGCCACAAGGCAGCGUUCUCAGUCCGUUGCUUUUCAAUGUGGUUAUGGCGGACCUUCCACAGCACCUGCACAAAAAUAUACACAUCAGUAUGUACGCCGAUGACAUCUGCCUAUGGACAUCGGGCGUACAGUUACCAGCGCUGCAACGGCGGCUUCAAGAUGCCCUCGACUGUACGGUAGCAUUCUUGACGCAGAGGGGAAUGGACAUAUCUCCCGAAAAGACCGUCUUCCUACCCUUCACACGGAAAAAGAUGAACAACUUCCAAUUGCAGCUCUCGACACAGCCAGUCCAGCGGGUUUCAUAUCAUCGCUUUCUGGGAGUUAUAAUCGACGCACAGUUAACAUGGGCCGCCCAUACCAAGUAUCUGAAGGGCAGAGCCGACGCUCGGAUUAACAUACUACGGCAUCUCACGGGGCCCCGGUGGGGAAUGUCAACGUCGUCACUACUCACUGUGCACAGAGCCCUCAUCCAGCAAAUGGCAUCGUAUCACCUUCCAGUUCUGAACAACAUUUGCGCUACGUCGGAGAAUAUGCUGCAAGGCGUCUUAGCAAGGAGUUUGAAGGUCUGCCUUGGGGUACCAAGUGCCACCUCUAACACACUGACCGUAGCAGAGGCCAAAGAACCUCCAUUCGAGGCACUAAGGGUGCGUGAAACGGUUCGGCAUUACCUUCGCCUGUGCACUCAGCAUGAUCACCAUCCCCUGGUGCGGAAGCUGCUUCGCCGAAACUCUUCUUUCUUAAAAGCACUCUCUCCGUAUCGACGUACAUUGCCAACAGCACGGCCGCAACAAGCGGACCCACACCCUUCAUGGACGCUACAGACACCUCCUAUCUGUACCACAGCGCCUGGGAUCAACCAGGGAAAGUCAAGCCUCCCGCCUUUGGCCAUGAGACAGCACUGCCUCGAAUUGAUGGAAAGGCACAAAGGCCGUGUAGCCAUCUUCACCGACGGGUCCACGACUCUAUCCAGGUCUGCCUCCGCAUUUGUAAUACCAGAGCACAAGAGGGAAGGCAUAGCACGAUUGUCUCACAGGACCUCAUCGACGACAGCGGAGCUUGUAGCCGUACAGCUAGCCAUGACUUACCUUGCCACGCUCGAGCUGCCUGCGCAAUGGAUAGUGUACUGCGACUCUAAAGCCGGCCUUGAAGCUAUCUCAUCGUUCUUGGAAAAAGGCCGUACGGCGUCAACAGUACGAGACCUCCUGUUAGGGUAUCGCAAGUGCACAGACAUCGGUCACAACGUCAUUCUUCAGUGGAUACCUGGCCAUAUUGGGAUAAGGGGUAACGAGAAGGCGGACGAAAUGGCGAACAUCGCACACCUGUCAUCGACAGAAUAUCUUGUCACGUUUUCAAAGCAGGACAUCAAAUCUCUCCUAAAAUCUAUGACUGAUGACAUCCGCAGGACAAAAUGGCACCAAGCCGACAGCGGUCCGUCACUGCUGCGCACGCUAGACCUGGAGCUGAAUUUUACCAUACCUUCUAAAACGCCCAGCCCCAUAGAAGCUCUCCUGCAUCGUCUACGCCUGAAUGUGCCCUAUGGUCGCCAGUUUCUUCAUAAAGUGGGCAAGUGCAUGGACUGGGAAGUGGAUGAGAACCCAUAUGGUAGUGACCACUUCCCGGUGGCCCUAAAAUUCCGUGGUGGUUCACCAGAAAGUCCAUUCCACAAACAAGUGGUCUCGUCCCCAGGCGUCCUAAACCUUGGUGGACUAGUGAUUGCGAAAAGACUCGCAAGGAACAAAAUCGUGCUUGGGGAAUCUUGGGGAGUCGCAUGCUAUGCUGCAUCGCUGACUUUCUGGAAGGGAGAACAUUCAGAGUUCAACUUGGCACGGCCUUAUCACGCCCAUUUAUACAAGAAAACGGUGUCCCACAACGCUCUGUGCUGA